AUGAGUGGCCCAUCAGACAUGCCCUCCAUGCCCUAUGGCCAGAUGAGGGACCAGGCCCUCAGAAACCGUAGCAUCCACACCCAGCUGAUGGAGAUGGUGCUGUCCUUGCGGCAGACCGUGGAGGAUAACAUCACGCAGCUGAUGACCAGGCACCAGCAGCAGGACCUGGCGCUGGAGAAGCAGAGGCACAAUCAGGCCGUCAGGGACCAGGAGGCCUUCCUGGGUCACUUAAUGUUCCAGAUGCUCCACUACCUGCAGUCUGGGGCCACAGGUGACCGGAGCUUCCAACCGCCUGACGCUUCCAUGGAUUCUAGGGUCGAUGUCGGAGGUGGGCAGCAGGCCCAAUCAUCCAGGCAGACUUGCCAGACGUUUUACCAAUGGAGUGACUUUGAAGAUACAUUUAUCAGCUAUGACCUGUCCAACCGUGGGACUGACAUCUCUGCCUUAUACCACUCCAGCUUCCAGGACUACAACACCUACCAAGGAAACAAAUACCACAAGGACAAGAACAUCCUGGGCUACAUCAACCUUGGUACCAGUGAGAACAAGAUCUGUAUUGAUCUGCUGGCUGAAAAGUUGACUCAGACUGACAUGCUGUACACUGAUGAAGACCUACUGCAGUAUCCUGAUUGGAGAGGGCAACCAUUCCUGCGGAAAGAAGCAGCCUGGUUCCUGACCUCCUACUGCAAGGCACCUGCCCGCCCCGACCCAGAAAAUGUGGUUGUUCUAAACGGCUGCUCCUCUGUCUUCUCUGCACUAGCCAUGGUUCUGUGUGACCCAGGUGAGGCCUUUCUGGUCCCCACCCCCUCCUAUGGUGGCUUUAUCUUUAGUACCCACCUGUAUGCGAAAGUUGAGCUGGUUCCUGUCCAACUGGAGAGCCAGGUCACUGAGGCGAGCGCCUAUCCAUUCCAGCUCACUGUGGACAAGUUGGAGCAAGCCCUGCUCGGGGCUAAGAUUGAGGGGAAAAAGGUCAGAGGCCUUGUGCUAAGCAACCAUCGGAGUCCUCUGGGAGACCUCUACUCCCGAGACUCAGUGAUGAAAUAUCUGGAAUUUGCCAGGAAGUACAACCUACAUGUGAUGAUAGAUGAGAUAUACAUGCUGUCUGUGUUUGAUGAAGCCAUCCCAUUCCAUAGUGUUCUGAGCCUGGAGAGUUUGCCUGACCCCAACAAGACCCAUGUGAUCUGGGGCACCAGUAAGGAUUUCGGCAUCUCUGGCUUCCACUUUGGCACUCUGUACACCCGCAACAGGGAGGUGGCCUCUGCCGUGAGCUCCUUUGGCUACCUCCACAGCAUCUCUGGCGUCACCCAGUACAAGCUGUGUCAGCUGCUCCAGGACAGAGAAUGGGUUGACAAUGUGUACCUGCCCAUUUAUCGCUUCCGGCUGCAGGAGGCUCACAGGUACAUUACUGACAAACUGAAGGUAUUGAAAGUCCCUUUUCUCAAUCGUGGCUCUGGCCUCUAUGUCUGGAUCAACUUAAAACAGUACCUGGACCCAUGCACAUUUGAGGAAGAGCUGCUCCUGCAUUGCCGCUUCCUGGACAACAAGCUGAUUUUGUCCCAUGGCAAGACCUUCAUGUGUAAGGAACCUGGCUGGUUCCGCCUCAUCUUUGCAGCUAGGCCCCUCCUGCUAAGAAGCGCCAUUCAGCAGUUCCAUCAGGUGCUAGUGGAGCAGGGGCAAGAUUGGGGAGUGAAGCAACUGGAGGAUGCCAAGAAGGAGGAAUUGUCUACCUCCCAGCCAGCGGCUCCAGCGCGAGUUGACGAACUGUGCCCGGAACCUUCUGGGAAGCCCGACCCGGCGUGGACGGUCCCGAGUGCGAGUGCCUGGGCCCGGGUGCCCUGCGCACAGCGGCGGAGAGCGAGUCCGGGCGAGGAUUCGGACACAGACUGCGCGUCCCUGAGUGCCGGCGGCGGCUCCUCCAGCUCCGCAAGCGCCCGCGAGGCGCUCGCCGCUCUGCAGGGGUCUUGCGCCCUGCCUUCCGCCCUGUCCGCCCCCUCGUGGGUCUCCGAGGCCCGGCCGCGCGGGUUUCGGGCUCUGGACUCGCCGCCGCCCCGCUGGACGCCCCGAGCCCGCCCUUCGCGCCCGCACGGCGCGCGCGGAGCCGGGGCCCGGCCGGCCCCCACCUCCACCCCACCUCAGCCCCUCUGUCCUGCCGAGGGCCCAAGCAUAGGAUGGGCGGCGGGGGGUGGGGGGGCGAGGUGA